UUGCAGGAUCUCCAGCAGCACAUUACGGCUCGACCAAAAAACGCUGCUUCCAAACAAUUAACACUUGGAAUCUCGCCUAAUAUAGGCCGAAAUCAUGUCGGAGACCAUCCGUCUAAUGUGGAUAGUAUGGCAUCUGAAAGUUGCUUUCAACAGCAUAAACCUGGGGUAUCCUCUAGAUUGGUCCAGUCCGACACACUAGAGCAUACUGAGUGGGCUAGAUCAAGUCCUUCUUUUUAUGGUGCAGUAGACUUAGAUGACGAGGUGAGCGAACUUACGACGGGAAUUGACAGCUGGAUGUGGCCUGAAACGCCAGAUGGAUUAGGACUUGAGUUAAACUGCGUAAAGACUAGUGCCCCUUGCAGCCAUUCAUUUUCAUUGCAUCGCAAGGACCUCCAAGUGGUAGACGUGGACACAAACGAAGCCUUUGAUUUGGAAGUGAUAGAGCCUAAAUGUGACUCAGUAUAG